AUGAUUCUAUUAAAAAAAUUAUUUCUAGUUUUACCGUUAAACUUUUUGUUCCUUAAACAAAAUAUUUUCCUUUUAGCUUUUACUGCAAAAUCAAAGUAUUUUUGUGGGUCUAGAUGCGUCUGUUUUGAAAUAAUUUUGUGCGCCAUUACAAGAUCGGCUACUUUUCUUCGAUGGCUUAGUUGUUUUAGUUUGAAUUUGUUAAGUCUUUGUUCAUAAGGUAGUGGCGUUAUUCCUGUGAUUUUUAAUGCUCUUCUUGUAAAAUAUUUUUGUACUCGCUCUAUUUUAUUAAUUUGAAGAAUUCUGUUUGGGUUCCAAAUUUCAGUGGCAUAUUCAAGUUGAGGACGAAUAUAAGAUUUAUAUACAUUUAUUAAAGUCUUAAAUUCUCUAGUUUUUAAUAUUCUUAGUAUU